UCUGUCUGUCUCGGUAAAUUUUGGAAUCUACUACGAAAAAAGCCCAUAAAGAUUCGUAAUUUUUCUGGAGCCAAUAACAUUUACCUGAAAGUUCCAGAACGAAUACGACGACGAACAUAAAUUUUUGGAAGCUGAAUACUUUUUAUAGAAAUGGCGGGCAAUUUUUGCGUCCCCUGAUACGUGAAUUCGCAGAAACUGACGGGCUAUCCAGUCUUCGGGACUCCUCGGGUACGUUCGGGCGAUUCAGGCAGGGAGGGGGGAGCCGAUCGUUGGGCCGUUGGCGGGAAAUGGUGUGGGAUGGGCUAAAACAAGUAUUGAAGUCAUAAUAACAAAAAUGGCUGUUCAAAUAUUCUGACAUUUUUCCAAAUGUUGUAUUUUUUGGCGACUUCUCAUUCAUUUUCUUCCAACAAAAAAAUUAUAGCUCAUGCCGCUGUCGUCGUCGUGCUUCAUCAGCCGAAUAAUUCACUUUUACACAACUUUACACAGCGGUAAAAUUACAAUCCUGAUUCAUAAUUAUCGUUGAAUUAGCCUUCGGAACGCCAAUGACGUCUGGAAACGUAAUUUUAACGUUUGUGUCCGGUACUUUUUAUUGAAUAUUAUCGUCCGUGUGAUUAACCUUCCGUAAUGUCAGGCCUCUCGUAUUUAUACCAAAGUGUUUUCACCUUAUUCACUAAACCUACGUGGUACCUCAUGAAAAAUUGACUCGACUCUACGUGACUGUCAUUACAGUUGAAUCGAAUGGCACGAAAACGUCAUAGGGUGUCUUCGAAGUGACGUACGAUCGAGUGAAAUGAAGAUGGAUAGGUGGUGGGUUAAUAAACUAUGCGAAACUAGCCACCAUCGAGCCUAUAUUCAUAUGACGUCACAUGAGAAUCGAUGCAGUGAAACAUCCAGCUAGACCCCUGGGGCUGUGACGUCAGAAAGUGACUUAUGGUCGGUUGUCAGAGACGUCAAUUCCGAAAAAAGUGUAUUCUAUCGCGCAUUGCAGAUAGGGACAUCGGCGAAGCGUUGGUGAGCCCAAUAAAUUCAGUUUCCUCUGGGGAUUCUUUGGCUAAUGUAGGCCAGUGAUAUAAUAGAAAGAUGUGAAAUAAAAAUUGGAACAGUCGAGUUGACGUAUCUCACUCAACUUGGUGAUGAAUGAAAUUUUCGAUUCUCUUAAAAUAAGAUACUUUUCCAAAUAUUCGCUCUCCUAUUUUCCCUUUAGUUCCAAUGUUUAUUUAUCAGUUGCUGUAUCGCAUUUUUAUGUGUUGGAUAUGGGAGCAUGUCCGGGAAUUCAGCUGUGGAAUGUUGUACUACAGGACCCUCUACCUGGACAGCAAAAGAGACACUUUAUACGUUGGAGCCAUGGAUAAAGUCUUCAGGCUCAAUCUCAGUAAUAUCAGCCACACCAGCUGCGAGAGAGACGCACUCAAUCUGGAACCGAGUAAUGUUGCUAACUGCGUAUCGAAAGGAAAAUCUGAGCAUUUCGAUUGCCGAAACCACGUGAGAGUCAUUCAACCGAUGAACGAUGGUAAACGCCUCUACAUCUGUGGCACAAAUGCUCACUCACCGAAGGAUUGGGUGAUAUAUAGUAAUUUAACUCAUCUCCCACGUCACGAAUUUGUCCCAGGCGUUGGAAUGGGCAUUGCCAAGUGUCCUUACGACCCUGCUGACAAUUCAACGGCAGUUUGGGUUGAGAAGGGUAAUCCUGGCGAUUUGCCCGCACUUUACUCCGGAACAAAUGCCGAAUUUACAAAGGCUGAUACCGUUAUAUUUCGGACUGAUCUUUACAACAUGACGAUUGGACGCAAAGCGUACAGCUUCAAGAGGACACUCAAAUAUGAUUCAAAAUGGCUAGACAAACCGAACUUUGUUGGAUCGUUUGACAUUGGACAACACGUGUUCUUCUUUUUCCGAGAGACUGCUGUCGAGUACAUCAAUUGUGGAAAGAGUGUGUACUCGAGGGUGGCGAGAGUCUGUAAAAGAGACACUGGGGGAAAGAAUAUUCUCUCCCAGAAUUGGGCGACUUAUCUGAAAGCCAGGUUGAAUUGUUCGAUACCUGGGGAGUUUCCAUUCUACUUCAACGAAAUUCAGAGUAUCUACAAAGUACCAGGCGAUGAUACUCACUUCUACGGUACAUUCACGACCUCAACGAAUGGCCUCAUGGGCUCAGCCAUUUGUUCUUUCCACAUUGACGCCAUCCAAGAGGCAUUUCGUGGUAAAUUCAAGGAACAGGCGACAUCCAGCAGCGCCUGGUUACCAGUAUUGUCCAACAAAGUACCGGAACCAAGACCAGGACAGUGUGUCAAUGAUACUGAAACACUACCGGAUACUGUAUUAAAUUUUAUAAGAUCACAUCCACUUAUGGACUCGGCGAUAUCACACGAGAAUGAGAAACCAGUGUUUUAUAAGCGAGAUAUUAUGUUCACGAGACUCGUAGUCGACAAACUGAGGAUUGAUUUUGUCGGAGUUGACUUGGAAUAUACGGUCUACUAUGCUGGAUCCAGCGAUGGCAGAGUCCACAAAGUCGUUCAAUGGCUCGACAACAAUGGCGACUCACAGUCAAUACUCCUUGAUGUAUUCGACGUGACUCCUGGUGAGCCAAUUCAAGCGAUGGAGAUAUCCAAGGAGCAUAAAGCACUUUACGUUGCCUCGGACCAUCGCAUAAAGCAAAUCGAUUUGGUUAUGUGCUCAAGGCGAUACGAUAACUGUCUACGAUGCGUACACGAUCCUUAUUGCGGAUGGGACAAGGAUACCAAUAUGUGCAAGCCAUAUGCACCGGGACUCCUGCAGGACGUGUCCAACAGCACAGCCGACGUAUGUGACAGUAGCGUUGGUAAGCGAAAGUUGGUGGUAACAUGGGGCCAGUCUGUUCAUCUAGGGUGUUUCGUUAAAAUGCCCGAAGUACUAUCAAACCAAGAGGUAAGAUGGUAUCACUACAGCAAGGAGAAGGGAAGAUAUCAGAUAUCGUACAGAUACGGAGCUGGUGGUGAUAAAUUCAUCGAGACAUCCGAGAAGGGCCUUGUUAUUGUCGGUGUUAAUGAACAAGAUGCUGGUAGAUAUGACUGCUGGCUUGGUGGUGCAUUACUCUGCUCCUACAACAUAACUGUUGAUGCCCAUCGUUGCAGUGCACCAGCUAAAUCAAAUGAUUAUCAAAAAAUCUAUUCAGAUUGGUGUCAUGAAUUUGAGAAAUACAAAUCAGCGAUGAAGAGCUGGGAGAGAAAACAAGCGCAAUGUGCGUCUAGACAAAAUGAUAGUAAUCAGAAUUUACAUACGAAUGAAGUUUAUGGUACACCAUUGGUGUGAUCAAGCAGGUCAUUGGAACCUUUAUCAAACAGAGAUUACGACACGAUUAUCCACAUAAGCGUAUUACCGAGAAAUGGCGCUUCCUGUAAUGUUCAGUGGUGUUGUAUUACACUUUUAUCAAUCAUUAUCAAUAUUAUUGCCAAGUGGGUGCGUACAUCGUGUUAAUGAACUUUCAUGACUGAAAAAUUCAAUAAAAUUUUUGAAUAUCGUGCCAUUUGAGGGAGUUUAGGACACUCCUGUUGGGACUAGAAUACGCUGACAACAUUACACAUUACUCCAGCUGUCAUCGCAUGAAAACGCACAUCGAAUUUUGAACUGUUUUUACAUUUUUAGGGGUUUCAUUGAUUACUGGAAAAUUCGGUGGAUCUUCGAUAAAUCAGGGCAGAUAUUCGACGAUUUGAAGUUUCUUGCGAUGGGGUUGAUGAACGAAACAACAACUCUGUUGAGUUAUUACGUUGGGGGCUGAUUUAGUUUAUUAACAAUUACAUUUGUAGAGUUGAGUUACGCUUAUUGAGAGCGGGGUAAUUAUUGUCAAGAGCUGAUGAAAGAGUUCAGUUUCGUUCAUCAGUACUGGAGGACCAAGCAAUUUAUCUCGUGAUAAAAUUGCCUUUUCUGGGGUGGAUAGCCAUUUUCGUGUUUGCAAAAUAAUUGUGCGGAAUACGUGCGAGAGGAAUAAUCAUGAAGUAGAAAAAAAGGAAAAAGUAUUCUCUGUUUUCUCAAAACCUGUGAUAUGGAUGGGUAGCUGAGGAUACCCAUGAUGUUUUAUGAGUUCUCCUGAUUGUGGGUAGAACUCAAAUUGAAAAAGCAGGAAACAAUCAUGACUUAAGAGUGAAGAAUAAGGAAACGUGUUUUUUUUUGUCUCGUAAUUCCGAGGUUUAAUGCGCGGUUGAACACUAAGAGGAAUAAAAAUGAAUAAAAAAUAGGUAACGAAAUUAAAUAAAAAUCAUUAAGAUUAGAGCUGUAGUAUUCGUAUGGGUUUAGGUAGUUGCCAUUCUGUCCGAAUUAGUAGGAUGAAUUUUUGCAUAUGUGACAGAAUAAAUCGGGCGCAUUGAAUUAUUCGGGCGCCAUUAAAGUUACACAAUGAGAUUAAAUUAGAUUGAUGGCUUAUCGUGGGAUACACUUCGCAUGCAUCAACUGCCAUGAUUUUAUCAUUUUAAUUGAUUCAUUGGUUUUUGGUACGUUUAUUAUCUUUAUUAUUGUUGGGCUUUUCAUUGAUCACAGUAGAGUACAGUAUUUUUGGCCCCUUCGGUGAUGGAAAAUUAAGGAAAAUUUGGAAACUGGAUUUUGUAUUUUUAGGGGACAUUGUGAAAGAGAAAUUAAAUAUUCGUUUUUACGUCAUUUGUCGGCCUGAAUAGCCGCAGCUGUGCCGAUACUCCAAUAUAAUCCAGGCAACCGCGUGUGGGUAAUCCAAAAUCCCGUUUACCAUGGUGCUUACUAUUACCAGUUUAAAAAAUACAUUCACAUGCAAUAUCGGGUAUGAGAUAGUUCAUACGCGUUUUCGCAGGUGAAAAGCAAUUACACGUGCAUUUUCAGUGAAAAAUCUUGGAAUUUUGAUAAUCACUGGUUUACCUGAUAUUUCAAUGGAUUUUGAUUUAUUAUGGAUUAUCCGGGGGCUGGAAUUUCCAGAUCAACAGGAUAAUGAGGAUAAUCCAAUGAGUUUAUAAUUCACAGAAUGAUUUGCGUGGAUUUUCAGGCGAUGGAAUAAUAAGUUGAAUGCGAUAUUCAGUUUCCGGAAUCAGUUUUGAAAUUCCAGAGAGCAUUGAAAUAUCAGGAAUCAUUUAUUUGGAAAUUCAGUUUGAUUCCGUUUCAAUUAGAUUCGAUUCGCACACCUCAAUUGAAUUGAAAUUCACAGUGACGGAAAUUGUGAGUGAGAUAUUUGUUCUAUUUUCGAAAAAAAUGCAAUGGCGAGUGUGAUAUUUUCACCGACAAAGCUACUGAGGUUUUUCGGGUUUUUAGAAAGAUUGACGAAGGCAAUAUUACGGUGUGGUUUAACAAAAGGAAUGAAAUCAGAUACUUUGCGAAUUAUCAAUGAUUUUUUAUUUGGUUUUGAAAUAAUUUGGUCCUAAACUUCAGUAAAAGUGGAAUUUCCCUGAGGGAAUAUUAUUGAAUAGUAUAAAAAAAUAGUUCACGAAAUGUUGAAUACUUUAAUUUAGUUGUUUAGAAUAUGUUCAAAAUUGAAACUUGAUUUUCAUGAAUGAAAUUUUACUACAACAUUUUUUUUAGUUCACUAGCGAAGUGUUGCACCGC